AAAGCCUCGUCCUUGGCUAGCAGACGACAGAAGCCGUCCGUACGCCCUUCGUUCACGCUUCCUGUCGUCCUUGCCAAGGUCGAGCGUCGGCAAUCCUCAGUCGUCUCGUGUUCUCGUGUCUGUUCACAACUGUUUGAGUACGUCAGGAAAAAUGAGUCGUAGCGAUACAGGCCCGAUCGAUACCAACUGCAUGACUCUGACCAGAUAUGUACUGGCAGAGCAGAGGAAAAUUCCUGGUGCAACGGGAGAUCUCUCCCAGCUUCUCAACUCGAUCCAAUCAGCGGUAAAGGCCAUCAGUUCUGCGGUGCGCAGAGCCGGCAUUCAUCAUCUAUUUGGUGUAGCAGGCUCGACGAACACCACAGGUGACGAGGUGAAGAAGCUAGACGUGCUAGCCAAUGAGUUGUUCAUCAACCUCCUCCGAUCCUCCUACACAACAUGCCUUCUCGUCUCGGAGGAAAACGAGACCGUCAUUGAGGUGGAGACGGAGCGCCAGGGGAAGUACAUCGUGUGUUUCGACCCUCUGGACGGAAGCUCAAACAUCGACUGCCUCGUGUCCAUCGGGUCCAUAUUCGGGGUGUGGCGACGGAAGGCGGCCGAUGAAUCGCAGCUGUCGAUCGCGGAUGCCCUGCAGUCGGGGCGGGAGAUGGUGGCUGCUGGGUACGCGCUCUACGGCUCGGCCACCAUGAUGGUCAUCACGACGGGAGGGGCAGUCAACGGGUUUAUGCUUGACCCUGGCAUUGGAGAAUUUGUUCUGACUGAUCCUGACAUCACAAUAAGGUCCAGGGGUACAACCUACUCCCUGAAUGAGGGGCACGAAGGAGCCUGGGAUGAGGCAGUUCGAGAAUAUGUCAAGAGCAAGAAAUACCCCAAGAGUGGGAAGCCUUAUGGUGCUCGAUACAUUGGGUCCAUGGUGGCUGACGUGCACAGAACCCUCAAGUAUGGUGGGAUUUUCAUGUAUCCUGCAACCAAGGAUGCUCCCAAAGGAAAGCUCCGUCUCAUGUACGAGUGUAAUCCUAUGGCCCUGUUAGUUGUGAAGGCUGGAGGAGCUGCAUCAACUGGACUGAUGCCUGUCCUCGACAUCAAGCCCAACAACAUUCAUCAACGCUCACCCAUCUUCCUUGGCUCUACUGAGGAUGUCAAGGAUGUUGAGGAAUUUUUUCAGAAAUACAAGCAUUAGGACAUUAGAGGAGCUCAACUCUGGGAAGCUUCAUUCAGUUUUGUAGUAGCUGCUAUGCAUUUCUUUUCAUACAUGGCUGGAAGAAAAAAAAAGGAAUGGAGACUUUGUUUCCUUGUUGAUAAUAAUUGGUGAUAGACUGGUUGUCAAGAUUGGCAUACUUGCACCAGAGGUUCAAUAAAUCUUUUUUUUUGGAGGCUGAUGAAUCUUAAGUUGUUUGUGGCCAUUUGAUUGAAGAAACCCAAGCCAAUGUGUAGGUAAUAUCCCAUUUUUAUAUCGGUCCAUCACUAAUUAUUUUCAAGAACCACAGUCGCAGAUGUCACAUUGCUGCAGUAUAUGAAUUAGACCUAUUUUUGCCCUUGAAUUUGAGUGAUUGUGAUGAUGGUGUCUUUGCAAGCAAAUGCCAUGUGGCACACAUUCUUUCAGGUUUUGUUUCAUGAAACCAGCAUUCCUUGGGAUGGCAGGAUAGUUACAGUAUCUGUUGCUAGCAAUAUUUUGUAUGGAACUGACAAUACCCUCCCCAAUACCAUUGUAGCAGGUCUCUAGUUGAAGCUGUCAAUUGCUACCCAUCUCAAAUUGUGCCUUUUCAUGAAAUCCUUUGAGUGGAUUUUGAUUCUCCCUCAUCAAUGUUCAGUUUUUUUUUGCUUUAGAUCAGAUUGUCCACUGAAGAAUCCAUCUACUGUCCUUGGUUGCUGUGUUGAAUCAAAACCAUGUUCUCCAGUGCAAUACUUUAUUAUAGUGUCCAAAAAAAAAACAUUCACAAAGUGUCA